AUACGGUAUAUGUAGAGUACAUUUGUAAUUUUAUCGAGAUUUCUUUUUUUAAAGAGGUAUUGGGUUUCGCUUUAAUUAGGCAAUUUCCUGUAAGUGUGAUAUAAUUAAAUAAGUACAGAGAUUAUAGAGUGACGAAGGAUUAAUACCGAGAUAUCUUAAUUGAAAGAGUGACGUUUCGUCGCAAAAUUCUGAAAGACGUUCGUCGCCAAUUUCUAUUUUUGUUCCGAAAAAAGUGUGUCGGUAUGGAAGGACGAAAGCGUGCACCACAUUUAAAAUUGUUACCUGUGCAGAACUCUCCACUGUAUCAACGAAGAAAGGAAUUUCACGAAAACACCGAGAACGCACAAUGCAGAGAAUCGGAAAAAGCACAAAAUAUUAUCAUGUCUCUUGGAGCUAUGUUCUGUUCGCGUUGUGGGGAUGGUUUCGAACCUCAUGAGAAAAUUGUAAAUUCUCACGGAGAAGUAUGGCAUCAGCAGUGUUUUGUUUGUUGUCAAUGCUUCAGACCAUUUCCUGAAGGAAUAUUUUAUGAGUUUGAAGGGAGAAAAUAUUGCGAGAGUGACUUUCAUGUCUUGUUUGCACCGUGCUGUGGAAAAUGCGGAGAGUUUGUAAUUGGACGUGUCAUAAAGGCCAUGAAUAAUAAUUGGCAUCCCAACUGUUUUCGUUGCAAAUUGUGCCAAAUUCCACUUGCAGAUCAAGGAUUUAUUAAAAACAAUGGCAGAGCUUUGUGCCAUGAAUGUAAUGCAAAAGAAAAAGCUGCUGAUAGUGGAAAAUACAUUUGCUUUAAGUGCCAUGCUGUUAUAGAUGAGGGCCCAUUAAAAUAUAAAAGUGAAACAUAUCAUCCAUAUCACUUUAAUUGUACUGCUUGUGGAAUUGAACUGACAUCUGAUGCCAGAGAAGUCAAAGGUGAAUUAUAUUGCCUCAGAUGUCAUGAUAAAAUGGGAAUUCCUAUAUGUGGUGCCUGUCGUCGUCCUAUUGAAGAACGUGUAGUCACAGCACUAGGAAAACAUUGGCAUGUGGAACAUUUUGUUUGUGCCAAAUGUGAGAAACCAUUUUUGGGACAUAGACAUUAUGAAAAGAAAGGUUUAGCAUAUUGUGAAGUUCAUUAUCACCAAUUAUUUGGAAACCUCUGCUUUGUUUGCAACAAUGUGAUUGCUGGCGACGUAUUUACCGCUCUGAACAAAGCUUGGUGUGUCAAUCAUUUUGCUUGUGCCUUAUGCGAUCAGAAAAUGAGUCAAAAAACAAAAUUCUUUGACUUUGAUCUGAAGCCGGUUUGCAAAAAAUGCUACGACAAGUUUCCGGGAGAAUUAAAGAAACGUCUGAAGAAAGCAUACGAGAGUUCUCCAAAGAAAACAAUAACAUAAACAUAUUGGUGAAAUCUAUACAAAAUUUUAUAUGCAAUUAUCUAGAUUAACUUUAAAGACAAUUAAUAAUUACCUGGAGUAUUUCACAUAUACAGAUACUUCUAUUUUAAUAUACUAAUUACUAUUUUUAUUAAAAUAUUGUUUAUUAUUGAAAUAUAGUAUAUUAUUAAUUAAAAAGCAGAAUAAUUUUUUAAAAAUGUUUUUAAUAAAUAUUACAAGAGAGAAUCUUGCAAUAAGACUGUUGAACUUAAUGUGUAUAAAAUUAUAUUGAUAAAUGAAGCUUUUAAUCAAAUAUUAUAAACAUAAACAAAUUUGUUACAAUUGUAGUUAUGUUAAUUAAUAUUUAUUUGUUUAAAUAUGUUUAUUGUUUUGAUUUUUGAUUGUUCUAAUAAUUCAUUUUAUUAGUUCUUGUAUCGAGUUCACUGCCACAAUUUUAUGUAAAAAGUUUUUGGAUCAAAUGGAGAAUGUUAUGUUCACAUUUUAUUUUCAAUCUGAAAUAUAGUCAUUUUUUUCCACAAUAUGUGCUAAAAAUGCUUGGCUGAAAUACUUUGUUUCAUAAUUUUUUGGUAAAGGUUAUAAAAAAAACAACUGUUACAGACUGGAGUAGACUUAUUCUUUAUCCAAUCACACAAAGGAUUUGUCUUCUGGAUAUAUUCGUCACUUGAUCCAAAAAUUAUAUUUAGCAGUAAUUUUACUGCAUUUUUAUGUAAGCAGUCUAAAUACAAGCCAUUAUAUUUUUAA